AUGAUUACUUCACCAAUCUCUCUGUCUUACUGCAGCCGGGGAAAUGAAAACAGACUGACUCACCGGCGGCAGACGGUUCUCCGUGAGAAGGGAAGGAGGUUGGCUAAUCGAGGACCAGCAUACAUGUUUAAUGAUCACUCGACAAGCCUGUCUAUUGAGGAGGAGCGCUUUCUAGAUGCAGCGGAAUAUGGCAACAUCCCAGUGGUGCGGAAGAUGCUGGAAGAGUGUCUCUCGCUCAAUGUUAACUGUGUGGAUUACAUGGGCCAGAAUGCCCUGCAAUUGGCAGUGGCCAAUGAGCACCUGGAAAUUACAGAGCUGUUGCUCAAGAAGGAAAACUUGUCUCGAGUUGGUGAUGCUUUACUCUUAGCUAUCAGCAAAGGUUACGUACGGAUCGUGGAGGCAAUCCUCAACCACCCAGCUUUUGCCGAGGGCAAGAGGUUAGCGACAAGCCCCAGUCAGUCUGAACUCCAGCAGGAUGACUUUUAUGCCUACGACGAAGAUGGAACACGGUUCUCCCAUGAUGUGACACCAAUCAUCCUGGCUGCCCAUUGCCAGGAGUAUGAAAUUGUGCACACACUCCUGAGAAAGGGUGCCCGGAUUGAAAGGCCUCAUGAUUACUUCUGCAAGUGUGCAGAAUGCAGCCAGAAACAAAAGCACGACUCAUUCAGCCACUCCAGAUCCAGGAUCAAUGCUUACAAGGGUCUGGCAAGUCCAGCGUACUUGUCACUUUCCAGCGAAGAUCCAGUCAUGACGGCUUUAGAACUUAGCAAUGAGCUGGCAGUGCUUGCCAACAUUGAGAAAGAGUUCAAG